UUCUCCAUAAACCUGGCGGGAGAUACGAGCCUGCUCGGAGCCACUAGGUCCGGAUAAAGUUCCCUCGCGGCGAAGCUAUCAAGUGGACCAUCGAAAGGCCCUCGGACUUGAUGUUGAGCAUAUUCCCCGAGAUGAACCACAACGGUCUUGCGGCUUUGUCGGUCACCAUUGCUGCCGACGCCGAUGCGACUAUCACGGGGUUUGGCACGCCAUUCCGGAAUACCCAGGACCCCAAGGUCGACCGGUGGGUCAACGAUAACGCUCCCAUUGUCGGUGACACCACGCUCUUGGACAUCCUCACGUCCAAAGAGUUUACCUUGGUCGUCCAUCAAGCCCCAAACACCUUGACCCACCAAUGGCAGACGCUACAGGCCCCGUUCGAGUACCCCUACGGGACCGAGCAUAGCUUCGACCGCAAGAAGCUCGAUCGCUUGCGGGCGCUGUAUGCGCAGCACAAGGGUCCGCAGUUCCGACAUGCCUGCGUGUACGAUGACGAGAACUCGCAAGUCGCCGUCGUCACGCAGUCCUGUAUCCAGGAUGUAUUCUGGCUCCACGAGGCGGCCCGGGAAAUCCUGGCUACCAAGUGGCGGGUUUAUUUCGUACCCACCACCACCAUCGAGCACGGAGCCGAAGCCAGGUCCUUCUACGUGGUCGUGCCGCCAACCGCCGAGUGGCGGACCGCCCACAAUGCCGCCUGGCGCCGGCUGGUAAAAGGCGAGAAGGUGUACCUCCACCUAUACCCGUCGUCAGACAACGAGGGCAGAAGCUCGAAGCGGUGGGAAUGCACAAUCCUUAGUCACCUAGGCAAUCACGGGGCCCUCGCGUCGCACCCCACCGCGGCACACGAGCUCGUCCUGACGACGGUUCGUAGGGAUACGCCAAUGGCGGACUCUGGGGAGGCGCAGACCCUCGCGGUGUUUGGCAGCCGCGACCAGGCCAACCGGGCGCUCAAGUCGAGCGCGGCGAAUUAGAAUCACGCUGCGCUCGAAUUUGACGCUGGCCUAGCGGAGGUCGAGCAGCGCGUCAACGCCGCUUGCUAGUUCCUCCCUCACGCCCC